AUGAAUUUAUCAACUAUAAAUGUAACUCAUUCAAUAGAAUCUUUAUCUUCAUCAAGUUCACCAGAAUUAUUAAAUACUAAUACAAUGUUAACAACUAAUCAUUAUACUAUAAAUUCAAAUCUACCAUCAAUCAUUCAAACAAAUAGUAAAUUAAAUGGUAAUGAGUUGAAAUUAAACUCUAAUCUAUAUCAUCCACCACCACCACCUCCUCCUCCUCCUCAACCUCCUCAACCUCCUCCUUCUCAUGAUCAUCAUCAUCGUCCACAACAACAACAUCAUUAUCAUUCGAAUUAUCAACAAGAAAAUCAUGAAGUAACAUCAUCAUCAUCAUCGUCGUCGUCGUUAGCGUUAUCAUCUACAUCAACAUCCAAUGGGAUAAUAUCAAUGAAUCAUUUAACCAAUUCAUUAUUAUAUCCAUUUUCAUCAAAUUUAUUAUUACAAGAAUCAUUUAUUCAUUUAAUUUAUUCAACAUGUUUAAAUAUAUUUGAUAAAAGAUUAAAUGAUGAAUUAAAUAAAUUUAAUGAAAAAUAUGAAUUAUUAUUCAAUGAAUAUAAUGAAACAAAAUAUCGUUUAAAUAAAUUAGAAACUAUAAUACAAUAUAAUAAUAAAAUGAAUAUUCCACUAAUACCAUUACCAUCAUCUUCAUCAUCUUCAUUCUUGUUGCCAUCCUCCUUAACCUCCUCAACCUCCUCCUUAACCUCCUCCUCAUCGUCGUCGUCAGAUUAUCUAUUAACUUCAUUGAAUUCAUUGAAAUCACAACAUUUCAAUGAAUCAAUUAUUGAUAAUAAUAAUAAUAAUAAUAGUCAUAUGAUGAAUACAUUAAAAGAGAUUGAUACGAAAUGGUUAAUGAAUUGGAAAAAUAAUAAUGAAGAUUAUUUGAGUAGUAUAAAUAGUUCAAAGAAUAAUUUAUUAGCGCCUAUGUUAACAACAACAACAGCAACAACAACAAGAUUAGAUGAACAACAGCAACAAUCAAUACAAAGAAUAAAAGAUAAAAUAAAAGAUAAUCAUCCUAUAGAAUUUGAUAUCAAUCAUUUAUCGAAUUCAUUUAUUGAUUCAUCAAUGAAUGAGAAUAAUAAUGAUAAUAAUAAUGUAAAUUAUCCAAAACAUUUAUUUCAUGAAUCUAAUAUAAGUCGAUUACAUAAUCAUUUUUAUAAUUUCAACAAUGUAAUACCAUCCUCCUCAUCAUCAUCAGCAGGAGCAACAGCAGCAGCUGCUGCUGCUUCAUCAUCAGCAUUGUCAAUAAAUAAUCAACAUUUAUUAUGGAAUCAAUGGAUGGUCAAUUGUAUAAAUUCUGUUAAUGGAUUAUUAUUAUCAUCAUCAACAUCAUCAUCGUCAUUAUCAUCACAAUCAAUAUUAAAUAAUUGUGAAAAAAUUAAUCCUUUCACUAUGUCAGAUAUGGAUACUAUAGAAGGGAAUCAACACAAAUCCUCUCGAUUAUAUUCACCAAUGUUUUUGUCAAGUUCAGAAUAUACUUCAAAUGAUUUACCGAAUUCAAAUCGUAAAUCAUCCACUUUAUCAUCGUCAACUUCACCAACGACAAUGCCAACAUCUUCAUCAUCAUCAUCAUCAUCAUCUUCUAUACGUUUUCGUGGUAAUAAAUUUGGACGUCUUAAAACAAAAUGUUUAAACCUCAAUAGAUAUCAACAAAACUAUUCAUUAUCUAAUAAUCGUUUACAUUUAUGUAAUAAACCAAAUCAUUUCAAUUCAAUAAUGACAACAUCUGCAUUGAAAGCUAUUCGUAGAUCAACAAUUAACCUUCCUAAUACUCAUUGGCCAAAUUUGUCUUUAGGAUCACAAAUUACAACAACAACACCACCAUCAUCAUCAUCGCCAGCAUUUACAUCAAUAAUAGAUCAAAAAUUAAAGUCAAAUUUCUUAACUAAUCUACAAUUUCCUGAAACCAAUAUAAACAAUACUAAUGGAUUAUUGUCUUCUUCUGCAUCAAACUUACGUGGUAAUCAUCAUCAGCAUAAUAAUAAUAAUCCUAACAAUACGAAUAAUAAUUUAAUUGAUCGUCCAGUAGUUGUAUUAAAUCCUGAUGAACCACGUGAAAUAUUUAUUGGUGGUGUACAAUCUGUUGCAUUACCAUUAUGGGCAUAUUGUAAAUGUUUAACAAUGGUACGUGGUGAACCACAUGAAUUAGGACCACGUUUAUGUUUACGUCUAUUACAAAGUUUAUUUAGUUUACAUUAUUUAGUUACACAUAAUUAUAAUGGUUCCGGUGGUAAAGCACCUAUUGAUCCAAUUGUAAUGAGUGCUGUAUUACGUCAAGCACAAUUACAAUUUGGUUCAGGUUAUUUUUUUACUGAACCAAUGGCUUUAGGUAAAUUAAGAGAUUAUUUAAAUAAUGCUUUUCGUGUAAUGGCAUUUAGACAACGUAAAGGUGAACGUGUAAGAUCACCAUUUUGGAAUGAGAAAGGUGAACCAAUACAUGAUUUAGAAGCACCGGUGGAAUUUUCAAAUAUUACUGAUAUUAUUGUUAUACCACAUUCAAUUAAUACUACUACUACUACUACCACUACUACACCUAAUACUAACACUACUACUGUUAUUACAGCUACACCAACCUUAUCAACAACUACAACAAUGUCAAAUGAAUCUGAUAGGAAUAUGAAUUCAAGAUGAACAAUGAUUAAAGAAAAUACAUGCGAUUUGAUCUUUUUAAAAAAAGUAUCUUUACUUUGAUCCAUUUCAUCCUUUCAUAAAAUGAUUCUUUCAAACUAUGAGUAGUAUGUAUAUUUGUUUACGUCAAUGAAACCAUUCAAUAAUAUACAGUUAUACAAUGUUAAUUAUAUUGUUUCAUAAAUAAUUUAAAAUAACCAACCACGGUGAGGGGGGGGGUAGGAUUAAACAAAUUCACUUGAAAUGUACUCUUUAUUGUUACUAAUGAAAUGAUGUUCAACUAUUGUAAUUAAUUAAUUCAUAAUUCAAUAAUGAUAUUCAUUGAAUAAAAUAAAGAAAGAGAAUGAAGGGAUAUUCAAAAAAUCAUUAUGAUGAAUGAGAGAAAGAGAGAGAUUCUAUCACUUGUAUUUAGGCUACAAAUACAUGGGGUAUUAUGUAUACAUAUAAUAAUAAUAAUAAUAAUAAUAAUAUUGAUUUAAUCACACUACCAUAGUUACUUAGUUUCAUAUUAUUUUGUUUUGAUUUUUAAGUAUAAUAUAAAACGGAAACGAUUAAGUUUAUACAACUAAUUUAGUCUUGCGUUCAUGUUGACUUGUAACACUCACACACACACACACUCUCUCUCUUUCUCUAUUAUGUUGAUUUAUUUUCUCCUAUAUUAGUUUAACCAAAUUAAAGACAAACAUUUCAUAAUUAUAUUAUAUGUAUACUGUAUUGAACUGUAUUGUGUUGUACCUAUACCUGUAUUGG